CCCGCCGGAUUCUUCGUCAGCACCGGCACCCAGGGCGGCGGCCAGGAGACCACUGCUUGGACGGCAAUCACCCAGCUGGUGCACCACGGGAUGCUGUUUGUUCCCAUCGGCUACACCUUUGGCUCAGGCAUGUUUAACAUGGACGACAUCAGAGGGGGCAGCCCCUAUGGAGCUGGAGUUCUUGCUGGUGACGGUAGCAGGCAGCCCAGCGAGGCGGAACUUGCCCUCGCCGAGCACCAGGGCAAGUACAUGGCCGCCUUCGUCAAGAAGCUCGGCCAGGCCUGAUUCUGAGCCAGCAGAUGAACCGUCCUUUCAACCCGUAAGCAGCCAGUCAGCGACCAUCCAUUAUACUGUUGAUCAGCCAUUGUUUCCUCUUCAGCACCGCCUGUUCCUAUUGUCCCUACAUGUGCGCAGCUUUUGCUCUUAGAUUGAUUGUUGGAAUAGUCAUAUAAUCACGUCGAGGUUUCUUUGUACAUUUGUUGACAUAAAUGAUGUGUAUUGUCCAUUUGUAAAAUAAGCCCCCAUCUGGAACCCGUGAGCUUUUCUGGAUUGCUGUGAGCAAUGAACUGUUUGAUGUAAAGAUUCAUGCAUUUCAAUCAGAUGCUACACCGAAUAACAUCAUCUGCCAAAAGAUUUGCUGUGCAAAGCGUCA